CUUGAUUGCCAAGGUUGGCUGGUCCCUCGAACAGCCCUCACCGAGGCACAGCCUCAUUCGGUGUUCGGCCGUUCGACAAACGAAUACGAGUCCUACCUACGACCCGUGCCUUGAAUUAAGAUUUAAAAAAAUAAACAAAAAAAAAUUCGAUGUGAAUUCUUGCAUUUUUGAAAUAGUUUAUUACUGUUAUAUAUUUUCAAGUGGAAAAUUGUGAAAAAUGUCGCUAUCAGUUAUUUUGCGGACUUCUGUUUUCUUGUUGUGUUUAAAUAUUAUAUUUAUUGGUACAUCUGAUGGAUUAUCUUUGCCGGAGACCUCUUCGUACGCAUGCGUGAUAGGCGGAGGAUACUCAGGGCUGGCAGUGUCGCGGUACCUCAAGCAGCAUGGAGUCAAUUUCACCGUGUUCGAGGCAGCGCCGGAAGUCGGCGGAACUUGGCGGUUCGACCCACAUGUAGGGGUAGAUGAUGACGGAGUUCCUGUCUUUACCAGCCAGUACAGAUACUUGAGGGUAAAUACCCCAAGACAGACAAUGGAGUUCGGCGACUACCCUUUUCCAGACACCACUCCAGCCUACCCCAGCGGGACAUGCUUCUAUAAGUACCUCAAGUCAUUCGUCAAGAAAUUCGACCUGAUGACCAAUAUACAAGUCCGCAGCCUGGUAACAGCAGUGACUUGGGCAGGCGACCAUUGGAAGCUGACUUAUAUAAAAACAGAUGACCGCCAAAACCACACUGUCCUUUGCGACUACGUGGUCGUCGCUAACGGCCAAUAUGUGCUGCCGGUUAUACCAAUGUUCCCGGGACUUGAGACGUUUCAAGGAUCAAUAAUCCAUAGCCAUGAUUACAAAGCCCCAGAACCGUACACAGGCCGAAGGGUUCUUCUAGUAGGAGCUGGUGCUUCAGGGUUGGAUCUAUCAACGCAGCUACACAACAUAACAGAGAAGCUGGUCCAUAGCCACCACUUGAAGUAUAACCAGCCGAAGUUCGCGGACCAGUAUGUGAAGAAGCCUGAUAUUCAGGGUUUUGUAACGAAUGGAGUCUUUUUCCAAGACGGCAGCUUUGAAGAAGUUGAUGAUAUCAUAUUUGCAACAGGUUAUGAGUUCUACCACCCGUUCCUCGACGAGACGAGCGGGCUGACGCGCGCCGGCAAGUACGUGAUGCCUCUCUACCAACACAUCGUCAACAUGCGGCGUCCUACCAUGACCUUCAUCGGCGUCGUCAACCGCGUUAUUACCAAAGUUAUGGACUCACAGGCGGCCUACAUAGCGUCACUGAUCGCGGGUAAAUUCCAACUACCCUCCGAGCAAGAGAUGCUGGACGCGUGGUUCGACCACGCAUACAAAUACAAGGUGGCGAAGGAAAUCAACACCGUUGGGCCGGAAAUGGAUCAAUAUUUCGCCAAGCUGUCCAAAGAAGCGGGCAUCACAAGAAACCCACCAGUGCUGACUCAUAUCCGAGACUUUAACGCUAAGAACCGGCUGGAUGACUUGUUCAACUACAGAGACUAUGAUUACGAAAUUAUCGAUAGCCAUACUUAUAAGCGAUGGUAUAACGGUGGAGGAAAGGGGGAAGUAUGUCCUGUAGAGGCUAGUUAGUAAAAUUGAAAGAUCGCGAUCUACGGGAGUUGGUAAAGAAAUCGGUUACUAGAUGCCUAUUCCCUUUUGUCUUGAAGGUACAUGAGUUAUGGUGGGUUUGGAGCAUCUGUGCAUCCACUGUUAUACGUGAUAAGAAACAGGGAUGCCAAUAGGAUCUUCCACAGUCCCAUAUACCUCAGUAAAAAAGAAUACUGUAAAGAAAAAAAAAACGGUUACGAUUAUCACACUACGUUAAAUUGUUCACAUUUAAAUCUUAUUUUAACUGAAGCUUGAUUGCUGGUGCUUCUUUGGGUCAUGCGUACUACUAAUUUAACUCUGUAAAACAAUCUCAGACGAGUACCUAGGUACCUACAGCACCCGUCAGGUCGACAUGGCAAUCGGAAUGGGGUCGCCCCGCUCACCCACUCAGUCCCCCCCGCCUCAUACCCCGAUUGUCAACCUGCCACAAACUAUAGUUAUGUAUUUAGAACAUAGCUUCGGAAUACAUAUAGUAGUAAAAAAAUUGGACUAAAACCAUUUUUUUUCUAACCACUCGCACUGUGCCUGUUAGUAUUUUGUAGAUAACUGUUACCAUAUUUUUGUUACAUUUAUCGCACAAUUUAAUAUAUUUUAUAUUUCAUAACUGUUGUUUUUAAAAUAACUUAGCAAUCUUAAAUAAAGAUUUUGUAAAAAUGCCUAAUAUUAGGAAUAAGUUAAGAAAAUAAAAAAUACACCAUAAUAACAACUAGUUUUAUUGUAAAUUGUAAUACAAAGGCUUGGGUGCAUAAUGACGCUUUCUUGUUGUACAAUAACUAAACAAAACUAAAAACUAUUUGAAUUUAGUCAGUUAAGUGUACAACAGGACUUAUCCUCAUGACUCAUAUAGUUAAAACUAGACAGAUUUAUGUCUCUGACGUAAAUCUGUCUCGUUUUAACUGUAUUCGAGAGACCAGCACAAACGUUUUCUAUGGAUGGAAAUUGUGAAUUAUUAUAAUUUUUAUGAAAAACAUCGUAAAGUUAAUGGACACACUAUAGAUCGCAGCCUAGAAGUUUUUACAAUCUCUACAUAAAUUUAAUUGACUAGUGUAGAGCUUUCCUUUUCACAAUG